AUGGGAAAAUUUACAGACCUGGUUGCACUGGACGACUUUAGCGAAGGCGCCAUGGAAAACUGGGGCAUGAUAACGUUUCGUGACUCUGCACUACUUUAUACCGAUGCUACAACCAGUGUGCAGAAUAAGGAGCAUAUUGCUCUAGUUAUCUGUCACGAAGUUGCCCACCAGUGGUUUGGUAACCUGGUGACGAUGGACUGGUGGAACGAUUUGUGGCUAAACGAAGGUUUUGCCAACUAUAUGGAGUUUCGAUGUGUUGAUCGGUUGUUUCCUGACUGGAAUAUUAUGACACGAUUCUAUGCAGAGAACGUGGCGCUAAGUCACGAACUAGAUGGACUACGCAGUUCACGCGCCAUAUCGAGUCAUAUCUUCAACCAAACGAAUAUCAUGGGACUGUUUGAUGCUAUCAGUUAUCACAAGGCGUCCGCAAUUAUACGAAUGUUACAAUCGUUGACUGGUGAACGGAAUUUUCAACGAUCGCUCAUCCAGUACCUCAACAAAUACGCGUACGGUAACGCUAAAGGUUCACAUUUGUGGGAAAUUGUCGAAAAGCACGCCGUUCUUCCUCACGGAAUUUCCAUUCAAAGCCUGGCAAAUGCAUAUAUCAAGCAAGUGGGAUGUCCGGAGAUUUUUGUCACAUUGUCUGACAUGGAGAUCGUUGUACACAGUCAGGCUAUUUCGGUUAUCGAUCGAACAAUGAUCCUCGUUGAUGCUUUCGAUUUCUCAAAAUCAUCGAAACUUAACAUCGAGGUGUAUCUCAAUCUUCUAUUAUACGCCACAGAGGAGAUGGAUCACUUAGCGUGGAUGAUGAUCAAUAAACAAAUGAAGUACAUUGAAACACUCAUUGAGGAAACUCCUUUUGCACACAUUUUCAAGGACCUUCAAAGAACGUUAAUCCUUCGACCGUAUGAGAGGGUUGGUUGGAGCACUAACACAUCAAUGACGCCGGCUCAGAAGGGUUUGCAGGCUGAAGUGAUUGGAACUGCUUGCCGUUUGAGGAAUAGGGAUUGUGUAAAGCAGGCUCAACACCGAUACAAUGAAUGGGUCAUCAACAAAAAGAGGCCGUCACCUGAACUUCUCGGUGUGAUUUUGAAUGAAGGUGUUAGUCAAGGAGGUCGUGCCGCAUGGGACAGAGCUUACACUGCCUAUCAGGAAGCAAAAAGUCCGACGGAGAAGAACCAACUAAUUUCUGCCAUGGCAUCUACAACACAAUCAACACUGAUUUCUCGGUUGUUACGCCUUUGCCUCGACGGUUCGUCAUUUCGACCGAACACCAUUCCUCGGGUCCUGUCUGAACUUUCGAAGACCAGCGUUACCAGAGCACUUGCAUGGCGCUUCUUUCGUGUCAACUACAAGAAUUUCGUGAAAAUGUUUGGCGAUGGAUCCAACCUUUUGGUCAGCAGUCUACGAGCAAUGAUCGACAAACUGAGCACUCAGGAGGAUCUGGAAGAAGUGAAAGCAUUCCUCAGCGACAAACGUUUGGAACAUAACAAUCAUCGUCUAAAUCAGAUGUUCGACCAAAUCGAACUGAAUAUCCAAUGGAGACGGCUGAACGAAGAGCCACUGCUACGGUGGCUUCAUGAUUGGGAUGAGAAGCGCCGAGUGAACUUAAGAGGUUCUCUCGGUUUCAAAUGUCCUUUUCGUGCAAACUUUGAACAUGUGAUGACCAUUCGUUGUAACGUGAAAUGCACCACAGGCGGUGAUAUUGCGGAAUUCUCUCAUUCGCCUUUUGCUUUCUACUAUUCUCUUUUCAUAGCUCCUUGUAGGUUGUCUUUCUACAUGGACAAUACAGUGGAUAAAUCUCCGAACCACGACCUACACAUUCACUACGUAAAUCAUGACAUGGAAAUCGCACAACAUCAGCUUUCCGAUUCGGAAAUUGAGUACGAAGUUCGGAAAGAUGAUCCCUAUCAAAUAAGUAUACGAUUGUCUGAAGUGGAACUGAGAAUUUCUCAGUAUAAGGUCACUAUUUCUUUGAUAAUGAAUAAAAUAAACGAACUUGGAGUGGGUAUGGACUCUGACAGUGCUAUCCACACAAGUCUUGCAUCGGAAGUCGAAGACAGUCCGUGGAGCGGGGCUGCUAAUAUGGAAGAGUAA